CCACACCUUCAUAUUCACAAAAAAAAAAAAAAAUGGCCUCAAAGAGCUCAACUACCAUUUCCCUCAUCAUCAUCCUCCUCAUCAGCCUCGCAGAAGCAAACCUCUUAAGCUCCCCUUCACCGACCAACAACUUUGGCACGUGUCCCAGAAACCCAUUGCAACUAGGCGUAUGUGCCAACGUCCUUGGCCUAGCCAAUGUUACAGCUGGAGACCCCAGAGCACGACAGUGUUGCACUGCCAUCAAUGGUCUCACUAAUGUUCAAGUAGCCGAUUGUCUCUGCUUUAUCUUCAGGCCACUUCCUUUGGUUUUCGCUAUCGAUGAAGCUGUUAGAGAAAUCUUUUUUGCUUGCAAUAGGGUUUUUCCAAUCGGUUUCCAGUGUCCACCACCAACAGUACCUACCCCUUAAUUCCCCUAAUUAAGAGCCCUAUCCGGUGUUUACUUGCACUAUAAGUUUGCUGGCACCACAAGUAUGGGUUAUCUAUUAAUGUUUUACAGUGUUGGUGUGUAUUUCGUUGUUGAUUAGGACGUAAUUAUAAGGGACUAUCGAUGUUUUAUUAAAAAAAGGACUGUAUG